AUGUCUACAAAUGAUGCCUUAAAGGUUUCUUCUGUUGGUGCAAAAAGGAUACUGUGUAUACUUGACGAAUGCCGUAAAAGAGUUGAAUUAUCUUUACUAUUACCAACAAUAGGUGAUUUUAUAGAGUCAAAUGAUGAAAUACCCCCUAUAAUUAAAGAAUAUUCUGCAGAAUUUCAUAACCAUAAAAAGUAUUUAAUGGAAAUUAUGACGACUGACGGCUAUCCAAAACCAGGCUACGAAACUGCUUUUGAUGAAGAAGUUUUGAUAUGUAUGGAACUGUCAAGGGAACUAUCUCGUGAAAUGGAUAACUAUGCACAAUUAUUCAAACCAAUUAUCGAUCAAAGAAAUGAAGCAGUUGGAUAUAAACCAAAAAUUGUUCAAUACCUAGAUGAAAUGAUAAAUCUUGAAACUGAAUUUUUCUCAAAACAUGUUAAAGACGACAAAAAAAGAAAUCGAAUUGUAUCAGAAAUACAGCAAAUGGAAAAUAUAAAUAGAGAACAUAUAGAAAUACUUAAACAGAAAGAAAUCUCUGCUGUUAGAGAAAAAGAACUAAAAAUACGAGCAAAAGAAGAAGAAUUAGAUGCAAUUAAAAAACAAUUAGUACAAGCAAGAUCAAUGGAACUUCCACUACUACAAGAAGAUAAGUUAGAAGAUGAGCUAGGGACUCAUGAAGAAAAUCUUAGAAGUCAGCUUGGCGACGUAAGAAUUAAAAUAGGAAGUGCACAGAAAAAAGAUGUUGACCAUGAAGGUACAAAUAGAAGAUUGGUCAGAAAAGAAGAGGAACAACUUCAGAAUCUAAUUUCAAAGUAUGAUACAGAAAUGGCAGCUUUAGAGGAAGAAUCAAAAAAUUCAUUCGAAAAAAUGACAAAAUUAGAAGGAGAUGUUGCAAAAUUAAGAUGUGAACUAAUAACAUUAAAUGAGAAAAGAGCUCCAGCAAUUGCUGAUGAAAGAUAUUUCACUCAAUUACAUAUAAGACAGUCCAAGCAGAUGUAUGAUAUGCUACAAUCAAUCAAAACUCUUCAAGGUUGUGUCAGGAUAUUCCUUAGGAAUGCUCCGAAGCCAAAAAAGAAAAAGCAAAAAAAGAAGUAA